AUGAAAGUNGCGUGGAAAACGAUCAAUCAUCCUAAAAUUAUCGAAUUAAUUGAAGGUUUAAUACGUGAGAUCUUUGGUUCGAAUACAGAAAUCAAGAAAAUCGUGCGAAUUCCAAUACAAAUACAUUUUAUUUCAAUUGAUUAUCCAUCAUUACGUGGAUUUUCUGGUAUAAAUGAAAUAUUUAUCAAUGAAAAAUAUUUUUUAACAAAGAUCAAUUCAUACAAAUCGAAUAGUUCUUUAUCGAACUCAAUGUUAAAAAUGGAUUUAGCAGCGAUAGCGUUACAUGAAUGUGCUCAUGUUCGAAUAAGACAACAAGUUGAUGAUAUUAAUAUAAGUACACCCAAUGUUCUUCAAUUGUAUCAAGUGAAUAAACCGAAAACCGAUGAAGAAUUUGGUCGAUUAGCCGAAUUAAAUCUUUUUCACGAACAAAUUGAUUGGUUUCAAUCAAUUGAUACAAUCAAUACAAAUUAUGUGGAGAAAUUUCUCGAUGCAAUUGAAAAUGGAACACAUCUACCAUCACUUACAGAAAAUGAUGGAGCCAUUCCACGUCAAUCAUCAACAACUAUGGAUGUUGAUAUUAUCAAUGAUAUGUUUAUCUGUUAG